AUGCUAAACCCUCAAAUCACUAACCUCCUCAUCAUGUUGGUGAUGAUGCAAUUGGCUCGUCGUGUGGAUAUGGAAGACGAGACCAACAUCAUGUAUAUCCGUACAGCAUACGUUGCUUCAAUGGCUCUUUCUUGGACCAUCUACCAAUUGGCACGUAGAGCUAUCGUCGCUAAGAAUGACUUGACCACAUUGAAAUAUGUCAAACCAGGAAACGCUAUGAAGGGUGAAGGUGAAAGUUUGGAAGUUACCACUGUUCGCGAUUAUGAUCUGCAAGAAAUUGACACUGCUAUUAAAGGUAUCUACACUGGUGUAGCAAUGAUGGGAUUCAUGCAUCUUUACUUGAAGUACACCAACCCACUAUUCAUGCAAAUGAUCAGUCCUAUCAAAUCUGCUCUCGAACACAACGAGGUUAAAAUUCACCUCUUUGGUGCAAAACCAAUUGGUGAUCUAAAGAGACCAUUCAGUGCUCCUUCAAUGUUUGGUGCUAAACCAGAAGGCCCAAAGACUGACAAGAAAUCCGUUGAAGCAGCUGAAAGAGCUGGUCAAGGUGGUGUUAAAAGAGAGUAG